UGUUUCUUCACUGGUGUUCGGUACGUCAGUUGUCAAUAGAUUUAAAUUUGUGCCAGUAAAAUUUUAAAAGUUAACGGGUUAACGGAUAGUCGUAAAAGAGUGGUUUCAGAAGUGAAAUUAAAUCAAUGGAUCAAGUUAUAUCUUUUGAUAAAAGCCUUCAACAGCGCUUACAGGAAUAUAAAGAUGUUCUCGCAGGCUACGAGAUUUUACCGGUAUCGGCGAUACAAAAAGAAUGGGGGUUUUAUUUAGAGUUAACAGUGGAUCCCAAUGGGUGGCAAGCCGUAUGGAAGAUCCACAGAAGAGCCUGCGAAGCCUUUAAUAUACCAUUUCCGUCGAUAGUCUUGGUUUUCGUUCUAAAUGUUGAUUUCAAGGAUCUAACGGCACUUGUCAAAGUAUUGGCCGUACAAGAUGACAUACACAUUCCUGAUAAACACUGUGUACCCUUAGUUCAAUUAUGGCCUACGAAAGAUCAGGAUAAAAGUGUAGCUCUCAAUUUGCAGUCUACGGCGAAUUCUUUAGAUAUGUUGAAAUUUUUCUAUAACCAUUUGUUCAUGCCGUGGGACUAUGAAGACGAUGAUGGUAUUGAUUGGAAAACCAAGCAUUUGGAGCCUCGGCUACGUUUAUACUACGACAUGAAGAAUGGAGUGCUUCCUCGAGUAACUGCGGAGCAUUUACAUGCACUGAUAACAGAAGCUAAAAGACUGCAAGCAAAACAAGAAGCACUCGAAUCUGAAUUGGAAGAUUCAGAGGAUUUUGACGACGAGAAUGUUAAUGUGAAUAACGCGAGAGUUCAGGCGUUGAUGGAAUUGCACAUUCGCAUGAUGGAAAUAAAAGGUGAAGUAGAUAUUCUAGAAAAUCCUUUACUAAGAGGUGCCUUAAUAAAGAAACACAAAGAAAUGUCUUUAGUUAAUGAUGAAACAAAGCAGAACAUUUGGGUUAUUUAUAAUGAAGGUACUGCUAAUGAUUGUAUUCAGUUUUUAUCAAAAGUUGAAUCAAUUUAUCGUAACGAAGUAUUAAAAUUUUCACCACAACUUUCUUCAACUCUUGAAUGUGCCAAUUCUAAUGAUGUCUUUAUUUUAAAUGAGUCUACUCAUACUGUUAAAACAACUGGUGCCUUGGAACAUGGAGGUAUAAUGAAGGGAAUUUCUUCCCCUGAUCGUACAAAUCUUACGUCUCAAGUGGAAGAUGUAAUGUUAGAUUUUAGAGGUGAAAAUGUACUGCUUGAAAAUAUUACGAUUCAGGCAACAUCUCCACAGUGUGCAAUCAUAGUUCGCGGAGGGCAACUUACUUUAAAAAAUUGUAAACUGAUGGGAGAUGGUAGGUCUUCCACUCAUCAAGGGAUAAUUGUUUUAAAUGGAGGAAACUUGGAGAUUAUAGACAGUGAUAUCAGUAGUUUUUGUACUGCCAUCGUCGGAAAUUCGGGAGCCAACAUCUCCAUCGAAAAUAGUGAAAUUUACAAUUGCAAUUUUGGCUUAAAGAUAUACGAUAACUGUGCCUUGAAAGCCAUAAAAGCUACCAUUAGAAGCUGCAAAGACUAUGGAAUUUGUGUUGAAACUGAAAAUAAUGUUAGUGGAGAACAUCCUAAAAUAGGCGACUUUGACACAUUAAAUAUAAUACCAAAAUUACAAAUGGAAUUUAUAAAAGGCAAUAAUAAUGCAAAGGGCGACGCCAUUAUAAAUCAAAAAUCGAAACUGCAGCCAGUUGAAGAUUUAUUUGAAUGUCCAGAUUCAGAUCCAACCAUCUAUAUUGAAUCAGAUGAGGAAAUGGAUCAUCAAAAUACCGUUAUUGAAAAUGUUUGCAAAGCAAAAACUUCCACUGCUGUUUAGUUGCUUCAUUUAUUUAUUUUUUUGUUUUUUAAUUGUAGUUUAUUUUCUUUAUUAAACAAAUAUAUAUAUCUUAA